GCUCCGCCCAGCAGAGAGAAGAGGAGGGCGGAUGUCGGAAUGAGAAACUGCCGCUGCUGCUUGGGGGAGCCCAGUGCUGCUGUACUGUGUCUUGUGGGUAGCUUAUCAACAAAACGCUGUGCUAUUUCGUCUGAGUUUACAAUCUUGUUUUUACGGCCAACUUCUCCUCCUUCGGUCUGCUUACCACCACUGUAAGUCCAUUUAGCAGCUGCCAGCUGACAACGAGCGGAUCGUAAACAUAUAGCCGCGUCGUGUUUUUAAAACAGUUUGAGGGAAAUAUUUGAUAAAAAACACAAAGUACUUUAAAAGAGUAAGCGUUAUAACCAGACUUUCUUUACGACUUCCAUGUAGUUUGGGUUGAUUUGAUUGAUAGUGAUUGCUGGAACUUCUGCAGGCGACUAACUUCAUCACUGCAUCCCAGCACGUUUUAAGUGAAGUCAGAGAUUAACUUCCGCUGCAGAUUUUUCUUUACCACAUGCUGAUUACAAGAAAACAACCGGACUGCUUACUCACAGUUAGAUGGGGAGCCAUGCUGGAGGAAUAAUUAAGGUAUGCAUAUUCAUAAAUUCUUAAGUGCCUUCUUCAAAAUCUAAUGGAAGAAAAAUCAUUAACUGGGCCUGCUAUGGUGUCCAGAUUGCCAAAGUUUGGUGGGCGCCCCACAGGUGGUGGGAAUAGUCCUGUGUGCAAUGGUACCACACAGUCACCUACAUCUAUGCAGGAUGGCAAGACUAAUUCACAUGGAACACGCUCAAAUGGUCUGAUCCGGCCCGCUCCCCCUUACCUGAAAUGGAAGAAAGAUGAUGGUAUGAACUCUUCUAGCCCCAGCACACUUAUGAUUCCAUGGGAUAGGAAUGAAGAGAAGGCACAAUACCAUGUGCCCUCAUUACCUGAGGUGAAAAGUAGCUCUCAAUCAACACCUAAGAUGCGUAGGUCAGGUACUUUGAUGGUGGCUACCUCCAGCCCAAAAACGGUACCCAAACAACUGACAAAGACAAACCCCAAAGUGACAAAAGUUGGUCAAAACCAACUGAAUGGACUUUCUAAAGUAACCUAUUAUACAUCUGGUAUUCCUGCUCGAACUGGGUCGGAGUCACGCCUUGUGCGUCCAAUGUUAGGCACUAACUCUCCAAGAAGCAAUUCUCAGGAUAGCCUAUCACAAUCCAGAGAGAACCGAAAGAUCUUGAUGUUGGACCACAUGGUGCGUUCAAACAGCUUCACUCACUUCAAACAGAUUCCCUCCCCCAACUGUGAGCCGAUGACACGGUCCUUCUCCUUUAAUCGGGCUGUGGAGUUAGCCAAACCCCUGGCCAACACCCAACUUCGGCCUCCUCGCAGUAGUUUCCUCAAGCCACCACGGGUCAGCAACGGAAGAUUGUGUUUAGCACUAAGCAGUAACCUUGGAGAUUCAGGUUUUCAGUACAGCAAAAGCCUUCCAACUGACUCACCGUUGCCUAACGCAUCUUACCUUGCCAUGCCCACCACUCCACAAGGUUUGAGGAAACCUCAGCUUCCUAAUUCUGUUUUGACAAAGUCACUGACAAACAGUGUUGGAUCUUUAGGUUACAGAUCGGGUUCAACCACACAGGGCAAACAACAGACAUCUCUGUUUCCAGAUCAGCCCAAAGAGGGUGUUAGAUCUUCUGUCUUAUCUGACUCUGGUGGACUUCUGAGGAUAUCUAAAGGGUCUGAGCCAACCGAUGAAGAUGGGAAAGUAGAUUCAUCCAGUUACAGUGGUGGAAGCUCUGGAGUUGAAAAUGGCACUCAUGACCAGAGCUCUGUUCAGAUGGCUACCGAAACCCUGGAGGACAUGUCCUUAUCUUCUGCCUCAUCGCUGGAAAGAGGUGACACCAGUGAAGAGAAUCUAGAUGAUUGUGACUCUGCAGGAGAUGUUUUUAGUGAUGGAGACAUUCCUGCCAGCACUACUCAAACCAUCUUGCAGAGGUCUUCCAAUGACAACACAGACUGGGAGCCUGUAGAUCUGACAGAAAAUAAAGAGGAAAGCCCAAUGCAGAAAUCGCAAGAAUCUACGCAGGAUUUGUUGGUGUUGUCUCCUGCGCAGAGUGAUGCUCCUCAGGGUUCAUCAGUGGAGCUGUCUCCCUCCAAUAGCUCUGGUGGGACCUAUAUGUGGGAUGAAGAGGGUCUUGAGCCUCUUGGGGAGCUCAAGUCUCCACUAGCAAGUUUUGAGGAUUCGGAGAUCAACAGCAUGGACAUCUUGAACAACCUGGACCCUCUGGGAACUGGAGAUUUGGACGAUAAUGAUCUCAUGCUGGAUGUGGACCUCCCAGAGGAUAGCUUGCACGACUUUGACAGCAUGUCUCUCAUGGAGGGCUCAGACAGAGGUAGCCGACAGGGGCAGCGACGCAAGCAGCACCGCUGGAGUGGCCCAGAUCACUUCUUCCAUGACAGCAGGCUUCAUUUCUUUAGUAAUUAUGACAAUCACAAGACUUCUCGUCUUCCUUCUCGUCCCAUCCAGUCUGAUGGCAAGCAGCCAGUCUAUAAACCAAUGCUGGAUGAACUCACUCUGGAGCACAUGACACAGGACUGCAGCGUGCUGAGGAAUCAACUUCUCAGGCUCAAAACGUUUCUUCAGCUUGAAGAAACAGGGUCUCCAGCAGAUGUUUGUGAGCAGACGGAAGACAAUACCACUGUGUUACAGAUGGAGGCCCUGAUUAAGGAAGUGCAGGUGCUCAGGGAAGAGCUGAGGGGUAGAGACAAGACUAUAGCUCUGCUCACUCUGCAGUGCCAGCAGCUACAACAUCAGCAGCAGCAGCACGAUCAAAUGCCCUAUGAAGGUCAGCAAGUUAGAUGUCAGUGCCGCCAUCGGAGGACGUCCACUUCAUUACAUCACAACGAAAGACAGAUGGACACACGGAUGCAGCAGUACGACAAAGCUACCCAGACGUAUUGGAGAACACCGAGCCACCCUCCUCCAACGCUACAGCCUUUCAACCCCUAUCUCAACGUGCAGCCACACCAGGAAAGAUUAAUAAAAACUCCCCCCACCGGGGGCCACAGUAAGCUCACGCGGAGCAGAUCAGAGGAAGCGACUUGCAAAGAUAAUGACCGUCCUCUUGAAGCCACUAAAGUAGACGUGUCAGGGGAGGGUGGCUCUGACAAGCUGAGUCAUCUGCCCAGGACCAACCUGCGCUGCCCCCGCUCCUGCGCUCCAUGGGGAAUAACUGGCACAGACGGUCCAGCGUCAGCACCUCCGUCCGCUUCGCAGCUUGGGCGGAGAGCUCCCGCUGCGCCAGCACAGAACUCUGACGCGCCGAGAUCGGCUCGCCCUCGCACGCUGCAGCCUCCUCGCGUCCACAAGCCGACGUCUUUACCCACGUUGGAUUCAGUUGGUGUUGGCGGCUCGGCCUCUCUGAAAUCGGGCCGUUCUUCAGGGCCUCCGGCUCACCAGACAAAGCAGCUGCCGCCUCCGACGAGAGGCCUUCCCUGCUUUAACGCCGAACCCCGGGGGCAGGCUCCAAAGCUGUGUCAAACUUCUCUUCUUCAGCCUCUCAGAACUUCAGAGCCUCGCUGAAAUUCACAGGGAAAGUUGGGGAAGGUGUCAUUCAAAGUCUUUGGGGCAGUCAGGAUCCCUUUGAGUCACUCCUUCCUCCCAAAGCCAAAUAAUUCCCCAAGGAAGCGAAUGACAUUGUCAGUGAAAUUCAACCUCUUCUUUCCAGGGCAUAUUAGUUGUAGAUUUUUUUUUUCCUUUUCCUUUGACUUAUCUCGGUAAUUAGGGGUUGACUGUAGUUUUGUUCUGUGACUGCUAAUGGUGCAAUUUUUACAUUGGCUGCCAAAACUAGAUGGUAGGAUGUGUCAUUCAGAAUGGAUUUUAUAUUACAAGUCAAUUUCAUUAGCUUUGCACAUGUCAAUGAAUACUGAAGGUGGGGGAAAACAAGUUUCACACUUUGCACUUGACAUUUUUUUUUUCUUUUUUGCAUUUUGUUUUUCCUUGCAACAGCCCCCGGCUAAUGUCCCGUUUAAAAUUCCAGGACUUGUUAACUUUAGACAGCUUUGCCCUUUGACACACAGGUGCAUUUGGUUUUUAAACACAGAGUCGAUGUGAUUGUGACCUCUGCUGUGCCUUAGAAGGCCCGGGGGGAAAUGGGAGCGAAAACAAGAAGUGAGACUGAGUCCGAAAAAAAAUAAAUAAAUAAAAGGGGGAGGAGAGCGAAAGGAAAAGUGAAAAGCACAGCAGCAGACUGAAAGGCUAAUUUGUCAAAGCCCUCUGAAGCUUGUCACUUCCGGACAGAGAAUAUGUGCAUGUGUAAACGUGUUUGUUGGUGUGUUCAUAUGCUGAGUGAAAGGGCUUUGAAGAGCAAAGGAAAACAGCUCCCCCACCAUAGCUGUGUGCAUCAUUGUAGCUCAGUUGACUGUACUGUGCUUAUAUUUUUGGGUAAACAUUACAAACUCUGCACAUUUUAGCAAAAGGGGUCGUUGACCCUCCGUUGAAAUGCUUUAUGAUGUAAAUAUAGGAGCAGAGAAAAACAAUACCCCUCUGUUAGUGAAGCUGUGUCAAUAGCAGUGUCCCGGUCAAAGUAACAGAACAUAUCAGUAUAAUUACGCUUAAAGGCAUGAGAGUGUGCAUAAGUAGAAAACACUAAGAAGAAAAUAAGUUUUAUUGGAAUAAAGUCACUGUUUGAGAACGUAUUUUUUUAAUAUCCAAACCCUGAAAUCAGUUCUAGAAGACAAAAACAGAACCAAAUCUGUUGAUAUUGCAAUUUAAAGUAGACAUAAUGAAUAAAGUUCAUGACGUGUCCCAGUGUGCCAAGUAAACCCUAAAUAUUGGAAGUUGCAAGCAAUUUGUUCCCGUUACUCAAAGAUUGAAUCAAAUUCGGUUUACUUUAAAAGCACAGCAAAAGAUUCAAAAUGAAUGUAAUCUUCAGGGACCUUACAAAACAAACAGAUUUGGUUUAUGUACAGAAAUAAAAAAGUUUAAAAAAAGUGUCUUUAAAAUGAUCUAAUUUAACAACCUAUGCUGCAUAAGAAGAGAACACUUUGUGCUUUUGUAAUUUUAGUUAUUUUUUUUGACCCAAGUUUUUUCAGACACAACUUGUGUCUCAUCAUACUGACCACUCAUCACUUACUACCUGGAAAGGGUGCAUUCUGUACCGGCUAUGGCAACUGACUAAUUUUCUAUAUUUUAGUCAUAGUUUUCUAUGAAGUACUGCAGUUAUGUGCCUCCAAUAUUUAUCUUUCAGGAAGAGGUCAGCUGAGAGAUUUCAUGUGAUCUGGGGUUAUAGUCUGACAGUUAAGUAGCCAUGAAAUAGAAUUUCAAUGAAAAUGAACGAGGAAUAAACUACAAGUGAGAUUUAAAUGCAAUUCGCAGAAAUGCUCAACUACAAUGAAAAAUACCACUCAUACGAUAUGGUUUUAAGUAAACCAAACCACAGGGCAUCAUUACAGAACUCAUUAUUUUGGUAUGCAGUUUGCACUUCUUCAGCUUUUACUACCUUUUAAAGUGAACACUUAUUGACUUAAUUGCAACUGCUAACGGAGAGAAAAACAACAAGAACAAACAAACAAACAAAUGUGCCUCGAGUUGUUUACCAAGGAAGGGUACUUUUGAAUUUCAGCGAUCUACUUGUAAAGGUACACUGAAUGCAGAUUGUUUGGUUAGCAUUUAGUUUUGCUCUAAGCUGCAUGAGUUUGCCAUCUGAGUGGCAAUCUGUGUAUGGGUUGUUCCUCUGUUGGCUGUUCCUCUCCAUCCAUGUUCAAACCCAGGAGGAACAAGACUUCAUCUUGAAAUGAAAUUGGGCAUAACUUAUUUCCUUUUUUAUUUGUGAUUUUAAAAGAUUGUUUUAAUAUAUUUUGAUAAUGGUUAAUUUAUGUAUAUCUGUUUCCUUCCGUUAUAUCUUAACAAAAUAUAUGUAUUUGGUUCGAAAACUAUGCAAAAAGUAGUUUUGUUUUUAUUAGAGCUGUACAUUAUUUUGAAUUCCAAUCACCUGUGCAUUAUGUGCACAGUGGCAAAAGGCUGCUUGGAUUUUGCUGGUUUAUUGUAAUUAACCAGAAAACUUAGGCUUUAAGACCCAAUAUGCUGAAGCUAGCAUACAGUGGUGUGUGGACAUUGUUUUUGAAAGAGCAGAGUAAAGACAAUGUUGUUAAUAAGCUCAGUUAGCGCCCAAUAUUCAACAAUAAAAUAACAAUUACAUGUUUUUCCAAUAUUUUGAGGUCCUUGUUGUAUUUAAAAUGCCUUUCCUCUUGUUCUAAGAAAACAAAUUGACAUUUUUCAGGAAAACCUCUCACCUUAAUGCUGCUUAUUUGUUACAGCUAGUGUGCAGGCAGUACCUGAUCAAAACCCGCUGCUUGAGCUCUCUGGUCAGAGCAGACCUGUUGACAGCUGUUCAAUGGUUCACAUGCUGAAACAGGGUCAGUGGUGUUGCAAGAAAAACAUAAUUAUAAAUGAAAAAAACAAACAAACAAAAAAACAAGCGAUAUUCUUAUUCAGGGCCCCAUAAUAUAGUGGCAUGAUAUCAAAACAUAUUUCUGCCAACCCUAUUCCUAAACACCAACCAGUAACAGCAGUUUAACAGGGAUUAAUAAAAAUAAAAAAAGUAAAGCUGCUGUCUUACUCUAUCUGUACAUCCGUUGGGAGGAUCCAAGCGGGUUUUUUUCCCCCUCCGUUUUCCUCCUCGCACAUCUCUUUGGAUAGAUCAAAGGUAUUAGCGGUGUGUUUUCAGGUAGCCAGCCUCUGGGGCUUCAGUGGUCUCUCUGCGGGUGUUUUUGGAGAGCUGUGUUUAUCAUCCCUUCGCAGAGUCCUUUCCGCAGUCAAACGCUCAUGAAGUGUCCCCGAAUGGAGAGCAGCAGUGUGUUAAAAAGGCCUUCUGACAGCGACGCUGCUCUCUUCUCUGUCACGCCGCGUGACCGCUCGCUGUACGCCUCUGGCGGUGUCCGGUCUACUGCGUCCAAUAAUGCACCCCGCGCAGACGGAGUGCGACAGACCCACACGCACGCGCGCGCGCGCGUACACACCGAUCCAGCGUAGCGUGUGUGUGUGCGUUGUUAAGCGAGAUGCAGAGACUCACGUGUACAGGAAGUGUUGCUAAACUCAAGGAGAGAGGACAGUCAGAGGAAACGCACGCAUCGUCUCCCACGGCUAUACCACACGCUGCACGUGCGCCCUUGGAACUUCUUAGCAUUUGUUGCGCUAGAAUCAACUAGCAGCUGUAAUUACCGACGCUGUUUGCAAAUAAGAUUUCUUAUGUCUUCUUUUUUUGGGGGGAGGCCAAAUUUGUGGAGGGCACAAUCACUAAUUUUGCUGUUACCAGGUCUUACCACCUGAGCUGUGGUAGUCUCUGCAGCUCCUCCAGAGUAACUGCGGGCUUCUAGGGAACUUCUGCCUGUCAUUUGAGGUGGACAGAAUUGUUCUGUGUCCUGACGAAAUCUUAGAAAAGUUCAAGCGGAGUGAAUUUUUUUGGCAAGACGCAAAUUAGUUAAUUCAGUUCAUACUGAUCCUGCUGCAGAUCAGAUGAAAAUAAGUAUCUCUUUAGAUUACCCUGGAAGUGCAUAGGGCUUGUGUGUGUGCAGGCGUGUGUGUGUGAGUGAGAAUUUAUACCGCAGACAAAGCAUGUUUACCUAUUGGAAGGCUCGACAUUGUGCCAAACCAGCCAAGCGGUCGACAGGGUUCUUUGAAGCCAAGAAAAACAUUUUUUUUUCCUAAUGAAAUCGGAAACAGAGAUGGAGAACAAAAAAAAAAAGGAAAAGAAAACGCACAACGUGAAAAAACGAAAAGGGAAGGGAUGAGAUUCUGUAAUGGACAAUGAUGUUGAUAGGCUAAAUGUUGUGGGCAGGUAAACAAAAUGCUCAGGAUAUUAUCCACAUUGGGGUCCAGAGAGUAGGCUGAUCCUGUCAGCAGGGUCGCUCAGCGAUGCCAAAUAGGAGAUCAGUGCAGCUUGUUAUGUUUGCUCAAGUUUGUAUAUAUGCAUCUCCAGACACUUCUGGCUGCCAGCAUUUGCAUGUGUCCAUAGCAGAAAGAGAGAGCGAGGGAGAGGGAUGUGUUUUCCAAAGCCUACCCAUGCCAAGUGAAAUGGGGUUGUGUCGUUCUGUUUUCCCAAUCUCCAAAUCAAUGACUGUGCUCAAUUCAGCAAUCGGGCCAAUCAGUCUCGCUUGCUACGCUGUAGCAAAACCCUCAACAACCAGAAAGCUGCAGCGCCAAAUUUGAUUAAUUAGAAUAUGAGAUGUGGUUUUAAGGCCAACAAAUUGCAAAGCUACUGAGCAAAAAAAAAGGUUCUGCAGUGUUACACUUAAUGACAACAGAGUGUACCGCUAAUUAUUUUUAUUGUGGGCUUUUACGCAUCUCUAAAGAUGCUUUUUUUUUUUUUUGGCCUUGCAACAGCAACCAGGAGACAUCUCAGAACUUACAAACGACAAAUUUGUUGAUGUUUCAGGUUUACAACGAAGUAACGUAAACAAUACAAAGUGGUAUGAUACGUUUGGUGUCUUAACUGUAUGUCAGAGAUGGAUAUAUAUAGACUGGACAUAUAAAAGUAGGCAAUUACACUCGCUGCGCUUAAUUUAACUUAAUGGCUUUGAGCUUUUUGCUUUGAUUUCAUAGCCAAUUAUGCAAUUGACAUUUCACAUAAAAAAAAAAUAAAAACAGGACAUGAUUUUAUCCAAAUGAAACUAUAGAAAUUUCAUAUAGAAAUAAAGUGAUUUUUUAAAAUGUUUGAUUUGAAGGCUGUUAUAAAAAUUAUUAUCCACUGCUGCUUGCAUUUUUGUUUUUUACUACCCCCUCAUGUGCUCACGACCAGGAGGGAAAGAUUAAAUGGCUCUUCUGAUUUUAAGAGGCAGUUAUUCCAUAUCCACCUCAACAGCACUUGAUCAUCUUUACUAUCCAGCUGUGCGUUUUUUAAACUACUAACCAAUAUGUAAUUACAAUUAAAAACCACAGCUGGGUAAUGAAGCAUGGGUCUCAUACUUUUAAUAAAAGAAUCAUGAGGGGGGGGAAAUCAGCAAAUUGUGCUUUUUAGGUUGAUAAUUUCAUAAAAGGCACAUUUGGGAGAACUCAUGGCCGACCAGUGACUUUUCACAUAAUUGAUCUGAGGUGUGAAGCAUUUAAAUGUUAUUUGGGCUACUAAGGGUGCAACGUUACAUGCUUUACCUGAUUCUUAAGCCGCAAUGGACACCGCUUUAGGUCAUAAAGUGAAAGCAAAUGGCAACAACAAUGAUUGUCAAAUACAUUUCAGUUUUUCUGAUUGGUUAAUAAUGAAAUCUGAUCAUUCCAGUCUGGUCUGGUCGUCUUCACAAACCACUUCCGCGUGUUUUAAUUUUGGCGAAUGUAACCAACUCGUGCAGUGUACUGAAACAUUUUGCUGUGGCUGUAAACCUCUCCAGAAAAACAAAAAACUAAAAACAAACUUGCUAUAAAUAAAAAGGGGGAAAUCGCAAAAGCAAUGCAAACACAUGUACACUGAUCUUUUCCUUUAUGCCCUAUGUGAUGUCAUCAGACAUAUGUACAGAUGGGGGGGUUGUUUUUGCAAAUUUAUAUGUUAUUCUAAUGAAGUAAUGCUUUACAAAAACAUACAAAAAAAGUGGAAAGAAUGACCAUGGCAUUUUGUUCUUUUGGUAAAAUGAGUAAGAUUGAUUUCACAGGACACACUGGCUCACAGGUUUAAGACAAAACUUAAAGUUUGAUAGUGAAAGUAUGAAUUUGUUCAUCCUACUGCUCUUGCAGCAGUUGGAUUUGCAUAAUCUGCUAUUACUCGUACAUCGUGAAAUUCAUCAGACAAAAUACUCGCCUUAUCAAGUUCUUCAGAGCUGAAUCACCAACUAGACGUUUUGCAGUGUUUACAGAUAAUGCUCAGCAGUGGAGCGAUUUGUAUUUUCUCCCAUAUUAUACAAGGUUGCUGUACGUUAUCUACUAUAUCAGCUGCUCUCAGCUGUUACAGCCUAAAUCCAGUGUAGAGUACAAUACUAAAAACAAAACAAAGCAGAAUGUUGCACUGAAUCUUUAGCAUCAGUUUAUGCAAAUAGAAAAAGAAAGCAUAGUAUGCUUCUAAAAUAUCUGAAGCACUUUACGUUGCACUAGUUGUACAUGGAAGGUAGGCAAAAUUUGUCAUUUAUUUCAGUGGGAUUUUUUUCAGUUUGGAUUUUGUAUGAGAUAAAAGCAAUGACCUAGUUCUAAAUUUAAAAAAAAGAAAAGCUUGUGGGUUUUUUUUUUCAUAUUUUAUGUCUGGUUCUUUAAAAUGCUAUUUUGAUGUGAGCAGCUUGUCUUAGAUGGAUGAAGAAGUGUGAGUAAAAAAGAAAUGUGAUGCUGCGGGAUCAGCGAGACGCCACAGGUGAACGCACACAAGUCAUUAAACUCAAAGAAAAAUAAACCUGCUGAUCUCAAGAAGCCACAGUCUCAAUUUCUUCUGUCUUUUUUACUCUCUGCUGCUGGUAUUUCUUUAAGAAUAAAGUUUGAUUCUGUAACAGA